AUGAAGAGAGAGAGAGGGAGAGAGACGAUCAACAGUUUCUCGAUUCCCUUCUCGAGUCGAUCCUCAGACGCCAUGCGUGAGCCACUGAAAAUUGCACUAGUAUUGAAUCUCCUGCUCGUCGCUGGCGCGCAGUUUUCAAAUGGGCGUGAGCCUCAUUUCCCCUUCAGCGAUAGGGGUCAGGGGAGCCAGGAAGAUUAUGAUUUGCAGACUGGUAGCGGCAAUUAUCAAGGAAAUUCAAUGCAAGAGUUUGACGACCAGACCGAUUCGAUUCCGUGGAUGGACCUCAUCGGCGGCAAACCCAUGGAACACGGCGAUGUCCGUGGUAGAACACAGCGUUCCGCCUCUUGCGAAGGGGGAAGCGGUUUUAACGCCAUUGGGACUGGAGUUGGCUUGGGUACGAAAGCAGGGGCAUUAUUUGGUCCAGUUGGGGCAACUAUUGGAGGACUCUUAGGAUUUGUUGGCGGGGCCAUAUUUGGAGGGGAAGAAUCCAGCAGCAAUGGCUGCUAUGACUCAGAAGUUAUUGCAGAGGCAUUGAAUGGCGUCCAAAGCAAGUUGGAAGACGUAAGUCGUAAAAUUGAUGACGUGGGAAAUAACGUCCAACUCGGCCGAGAGGAGAAUAAAAUCAACCAUCGGAUAACUCAAGAUCUCGUGCAAGUCUCAAGGCAAGAAAAUCAGAUAAACUUCCAAAUCAGCAGGGCCUUGAUCGACCUGGGCAGAGUUGAGAAUAACAUCAACUUCGGCAUCAACCGCGCUUUCAUACAGCAAGGAAGGCAAGAAAACUUAUUGAGCUUCGUCAGAACUCAGGGUCUUGUCAAUCAAGGAAGGGUUGAGAACGAGAUUAACUUUCAAAAGGCCAAAGGGUUGAUAAAUCAGGGAAGAGUGGAAAAUUUCAUCAACUUCAAGGAAACUCAGGGCUUGAUCAAAGAAGGAAAACAUGAAAACCUGAUGAAUUUUGCCCUGACCCUAGGACUCAUCGAUCAGGGGAGAGAAGAAAACCAAGAUAACUUUGCCAUUACAAGAAGUCUUAUAAGUCGAGGGAGGGAAGAGAACCAAUUCAAUUUCAAGGUAACUCAAGGACUAAUCCAUAAAGGAAGGAAAGAGAACCUGAUCAACUUUGGCAUCACACAAGACCUCAUCACCCAGGGUCAAUGGGAAAACCUGAUGAAUUUCAAAGUCAUUGAGGGAUCUGUUGCCGAACUAAGGGAUGAUACCCUUAAAGGAUUCUCCUUCCUGUCAAAACAGGCUGACAGAAAUCUUAUAGCGAUCACAAAAGCUCGACUAGAAGUGAGGCAGAGGUUUAAUAUCGCUUAUAAACUCCUGGACAGAAACUUUGAAUCGACAAAUGCUGGCCGUGUCGAAAAUUUGAAAAACUUCGAAAUGACGAAAAACUUGAUCAACCAAAUCGGAGACACUGUGAUUCGCAAUCAAGCACAAGCAAUGGCUGAGCGUAUGCUUUUCUAUACAUCAACUGCCAACCUCAUCAGAGAAUCCACUAAUGAAACAAUCAGUGCAAUCGAUGACGCCAAGCAAACCAUUUUGAGAGCCAUUGAUAAAAGCAAGGUGGGGCCUAUACUAUCCAAGCUAACAACAUUUUUAGAAUAUUUCAAUGGUGAAUUGGAGGGAAUCAAAUCAUCCAACAGGAAGCAAAUUUUGGCAAAGCUUCAAGAACCAAAUGGAUUCCUGUUUUACCUGGCAGAGUCCAGGACACCACGGGGCGUCAACAGUCUUCACUCCCUUCUCUCAGACAUCAUUAAUCAAGGUCUGGCUAUUCCUAAGAACUCUGAUCUGCUUUACCGAAACUAA